AUAAAUCUGAACAUUAUGGGCUCUUCCCAGUCUGCCCAAGUCCCCUCGGAAGAAGAAGAAGAAGAAGAUGAGGAGGAGGAGGAAGCAAAUGAAGAAGACGACGACGACAAUACGCACAAUAUGGAUAACCCCAAUCAGAUUAGGCAAUUGGGCGACGGCGGCAGCAAUCUAGCCAAGAAGGUUCUCGAACAAGAGCCUGAAAUGUUACCCUGUCACGCCUCCGCCUCCCCUCUAUCCCCUCAGCUCUCCUCCUUGGGCACUCCCCGUCUUGGCCCAUCCAUCAAGGUCUGGGACCCUUAUAAUGUCUUGGCUCCCCCUCCCCCUCCCCCUUCCCUGCCACCGCAUUUCUCCCGGGCCUCCCCUUCCGAUGCGGUGGCGUUGGUGGACGAUGAUCGCACCCUCACCGAGGUCUAUCUUAUCUGUCACGGCGAGUGCCACAUGAAUCUCAGGCCUGAUUUGAUCGCCGGAAGGUGCCCCGAGGCGGCCCUCACCCCCAACGGGAGGCGUCAGGCCAGAGCCCUGGCGGUGUUCUUAAAGUCACAGGGGGUUCGAUUCAGUGCUGUUUAUGGCUCCCCGUUGGAUCGCGCCCGAGCUACCGCAGUUUUGGUUUGCCAGGAAUUAAAUUUUCCGGAGGAACAGAUACAAUCUUCUGAUGUGCUUAUGGAGAUGAGUCAGGGUCAUUGGGAGGGUUGCCACCGAUCAGAAAUAUAUACACCUGAAACUCUGAGCUUCAUAGAAAGGUUACAGCCUGAUUUUUCUGCACCAUCUGGAGAAUCACUGAGGCAGGUUGAAUUUCGAAUGGUUCAGUUCCUAAAUGGAACUCUUUUGCGAUUGCCUGAAAAAUUCGGAUCUGACUUGUCACCGCCAGAUCAGUGUGAGACGCAGGGGUUUCCACAUCGCAGCUCUCAUGUAUAUACUAACUCCAUUCAUGACAGAGAUGGACUCUCGCUCCAUCCAGCUAACUGGGAUUUGGUACACAGGCAUCGACAGGGGUUUCCACGGAAGAAGUCUGGUAAGAGCAGGCUACAGAUUGUUACCUCCACUGGAGAUCACGAGGCUGAUGAUGAGAUGUCUCCUCGACAACCCACGAAUCAAGACCUAAUUCGAGACAUCAAUGUCAGGAGCACCGCAUCGUGUGCCUCUUCAUCUGUUGGUGUUUUUACUCACUCGGUGCCAAUAAAGUGUCUCCUUACAGGCAUCCUCGGAUGCGGUUCAGUGAUGUCACAUAAACUCUGGAUCGAAGAUUCUUCAGUUACGGUCUUACAGCACUCGUGGAAAAUGGGUUGGCAAAUAAAGAGAUUGAACGAUACUGCCCACCUUAGACUUCUCUAGUUAGUUAAAAGAUGGUCGCUGUGGGGGGAUUGGAUGUCAAUCUGCCAUCAAGAGGAGGGGAGUUUGGUCCCUCCCUGGCUCGUAGCAUUUGGUUUUUUUUUGGGGGGGGGGGGGGCUAAUUGUAUUUGUUGUACUUGUAGAAGAGAGGAUCGUCGGCACAGGGUGGAAAGCAGCAAGGAUUUUAAUUUGGUUCUCGUAAUCUUGGCUAAAAAUUAUUUCCAGGCUUUGGACACUCCAGAGAAAACAAAUUGUUGGUGGAAGGGGGGGGAAUGGCGGGAUGAUGGAUGGAUGGAUGGCCUUGGAGUGAUUCUUUUACUACUACUAGCUUUUUUUGUGGGGUAAACAAUAAGGUGUUGUCAUCACAGUGAGACAGGUACUACUUGGUCAUGGUGUACUGUAAUUGGGAGGACAAACAAAAUUUUGGAGAUAUAGUAGUAGUUAUUAUUAUUAUUUUUUUCUUUUGGGGGAAAGGCGGCGUUUAGGAGGAGUUGCAUUUUUCCAGUGAGGAUGUUAAAAUUAUUUUCAUGAUGCUUCUGAUUGGAAUCAGACAGUAUUCUUUUUUUUACUACCAGCAUACCAAUUUAGGGUUAUCUUUCUCUCCCUGUUUUCUUAAACCCCAAGUUUUUUUUGGGGCAUGCACAGCGCUAAUGAUCCAAAUCCAAUUUGACCAUUUACACUU